UUUAAAGUAUCCUGUUUGGAGGAACGCAUAGUCAGUCUACACAAGUGUGUUUGAGCAAAAUCUGUGGUCUGUUACUGCCAUGGCUAAACUGGUGGAGUGUGUCCCCAAUUUCUCUGAGGGGCGUAACAAGGAGGUAAUUGAUGCCAUAGCUGAUGCCAUCUCUGGCACAGAGGGGUGUAGCCUGUUGGAUGUUGAUCCCGGGUCUUCCACCAACAGGACGGUCUACACAUUUGUGGGCUCACCUGAGGCAGUUAUCGAGGGUGCACUGAAUGCUGCCCGGGUUGCCUUUAAACUCAUAGACAUGAGCAAACACUCAGGUGAGCACCCUCGAAUGGGUGCCAUGGAUGUGUGUCCUUUCAUACCGGUGCAAAACGUUACCAUGAAGGAGUGUGUUGAGUGUGCAAAUGCAUUUGGACAGAGGUUGUCGGACAUGCUGAAUGUGCCAGUCUAUCUCUAUGGAGAAGCGGCUAGAAAAGAAAGCAGAAGGUCUCUUCCAUCUAUCCGUAAAGGGGAGUAUGAAGCUUUACCAGAUAAGCUAAAAAAGAGCGAAUGGGCCCCCGACCAUGGCCACGCAACCUUUGUCCCCUCAUGGGGGGCAACGGUAACCGGUGCCCGAAAGUUUCUCAUCGCCUAUAAUGUGAACUUGUUGAGCACAAAGGAGCAGGCACACAGAAUCGCGCUGGAUAUAAGAGAACAGGGACGUGGAAAAGAUCAACCCGGGCUUCUGAAAAUGGUUCAGGGUAUGGGAUGGUAUCUGGAGGAAUCUGACCUGGCUCAGGUGUCCACCAACAUCCUGGACUUCGAGCUGACGCCCGUGCACACUGUGUAUGAAGAAAUCUGUAGAGACGCCAAAUAUCUGCAUCUGCCAGUGGUCGGCUCACAGAUUGUGGGUCUGAUCCCACUGAAGGCAAUGUUGGACUGUGCCGACUUCUACAUAAAACACGAAGAGCUCUUCGUAGUGGAAGAGGAGCAUAAAAUCCGUCUGGUUAUCAGCAAACUAGGCCUAGACUCGUUGGGUCCAUUCCUUCCAAAAGAAAGAAUUAUAGAGUAUAUGGUUCAGGCCAACCAGGGCGGCAGGCAGCUGGCGUCUUUAUCCCUACGGAAAUUCGUCCACAGCGUUGGGGCAAGAACAGCGGCACCCGGUGGAGGAUCCGUCUCUGCUGCGAUCGCAGCCAUGGGUGCAGCACUGGGCUGCAUGGUCGGUCAGAUGACGUACGGAAAGAGGCAGUUUGAUUCUCUGGAUGCGGAAAUGAGGAGACUGAUCCCUCCUUUCCAUGAAGCCAUGAACGACUUGUUGCUCAAAGUGGAUGCUGACUCCAGUGCUUUUAAUACCUACAUGACUGCCCUGAAAUUGCCCAAAGGCACAGCAGAUGAGAUUAAAAGGCGAGAGCAGGCAAUGCAGGAGGGUUUGAAGCAGGCGGUGAGCGUGCCACUCUCUCUGGCCGAGAAAAUUAACACGCUGUGGUCCUCGCUCAAAGAAAUGGCGAAGUAUGGAAAUGUGGCCUGCAAAUCAGACAUUCAGGUCGCUGUAAAAGCUUUGGAAACUGCAGUGUUUGGAGCGUACUACAACGUCAUCAUCAAUCUUAAAGACAUAACCGAUACUACAUUCAGAGCUGCUACUGAAGCGAGAGUGUCUGAGCUGUUUAAGGAAGCCAGAGAAAGUGCCAACGCAGUGCUUGAGAUGGCAGACCACAGGAAAUGACAUUUAGAUUGAACUGUGGUUCUGUAAAUCUGUUUUCGCUAAAAUAGUCCAUCAACAUUCUCUAGAACGUUAAGAAAUCUUAAGAAAGGUCAAACAAAAAACAAUGUCAGAAUGUUUGUGAUUUUUACGCUGGUUAAGUUUUCUUCUUGCGAUUUAAUUCGAUUUCUAUUAAACAAACUUUUACUCAAUAUAACAAGAGAUGUUUUACAUGUUCUAAAAUGUUUGCGUCUGCAAUGGAGCAUGUUUAAACUGGGUAUAAAUUAAAAGAAAGUUUAUAUAACUUUCAGACCUACCCAACAUUUAAACUCAAAGGUUGGGAUGUUGUAGUAUCGCACUGGUCGGGAAUCAGACAGAACAGACAGAGCGAUGUUUCAAAAGCGCAGCAAUGUUUACAUUUUGGUAAAAACCAACCUAUGAACUCUGAGUGUUUCACAUAUAUUUGUGUUAAAUAGUUCCAGUUUAUAGUCCACCAGCAGGAGGCGCUGUAACAGCCUGGCCCACCAAAGCCCACCCUUAGUAUCUCACCCAGGUCAUCUGUUGUUAUUUAUGCAUCUGUAAAAGAUGCACUGCUGAGAAAGAGAGAUAGAGAAACCAAAAGACAUCUGUCUUCGCUGAACAGCUGUACUAAUAAUGGCCUCAGUCAUUAUUCCAGAGCACGUACCAGAAUGCACGAACAUCCCCAUAUUAGGUUUACUAGACUAAUACAUAUUGUGAAUACAAUUGAACCCGUAUUACAAUAUUCUAAUUUGAAUCUUGAACGGUAAAUUUGAACCCAAGAAUAGUGAUGACCAUAUCUUCGCUUUCCUUCCAAAACAUCAGAUGUCCAAAUUUACAAAACAGUGUACAUUUUAAAUGAUUAAACGCUGUCUUGUCAAGGUUGAAAAAACUGUUUUUUGUUGGUUAGACAUUUGCAAAACCCAGUGACAAACAUAAAGGAUGACUAAUAGUGAUGAUUACGGCAAAAAAUUAAAAUCACAAAAUAUGGAGA